CUGAAAAAUAAUAAUGCAGUUUUUGAUUUUCAAUUUGUGUUUAAUUGUUAAAAACAUUUAUGUUUGUAAUUUAUAGUUUGUUUUAUGCGUUGAAGCCAUGGCUUAUGUUAAUGUGAAAGAUUGGCCGGUAGACCAAGUUAUGUACUGGUUGAAAGGCCUGGAUAAUGUAAUUUUUCAGUAUCAAGCCUCAUUUUUGAAUAAUGGUGUUACCGGGCAACAUUUAUUAAAUUUACGUGCAGAAGAUUUGGAGAACCUGGGAGUAAAAAAGUUAGGUCAUCAAGAGAUUAUUUUAGAAGCUGUGGAGCAUCUCAGAAAUAUUCACUAUGAACUUAACACAGAGAAUUUGCAAAUGCUUGCUCUGAAGCUUUCGUGCGCAGCUAAUUCUUUAUACAAAGAACUUUUAUUAGUAGAUGAAAGGAGCGAUUCUGUGAAAACUCAAGUUAUGUCAGAUGUUCAUAACAUAGUUGCUGCCAUAAAACCUUUAGUCUUAUGGCUAGAUAGAUCACCUUUUACGGGUGACAAGGACUAUUUAGACAACAAAAAGGAAUUAUUGCAAUUAAGCUUUGAGAUGGCCUAUGUUGCACAUAGGGGAAAGUUCUCAGAGAAUCCAGUAUUAGAUAUUAAAAAGAGUUGUGAAAAACUUGCAAAAAUAGCUGAUCAUAUUAUACAAGAUAUAUGCGACCCAAUGAUAUUACAGCCUGCAUCUUUAGAUUUAGCAACGUUGAAAAAGAAGGAACAAGAUCUUGGCUUUUAUAUUAUGCCUAAUUAUCAUCCCAUACAUCAAAUUGUUGAUAUUAAAUUUGGUUCUCCGGCUCAUGGUAGUACAAAAAUAGAAGAAGGUGAUGAAAUAGUACAGGUUAAUUAUCAAACAGUCGUUGGAUGGCAGGCUAAAAAAGUUAUGCAUCUGUUACAAGAACAGUCGCCAGAAAUUGUAUUGACAUUAAAAAAGAGACCUCGGCAUUCAAAAGUUUAUGGUCAAAUCUAUAUGAAACCGUAUAGAUUACCCAGUAGAAAGAGAGGCACCGAAAACUGGUCAAAAUGGAAUGAUAAUUUACCCUCCCCAAGGUUAUUGCCAAUUAUUGACUUGCCACCUAUCACAGUAACAAAAUCUGAAGAGGAAAUCAGUAAUGUUGAAGCUGAAUUAAGCAGUAGUGAUAGUGAACCUCAGAUAGUCCGCUGGAGGGUAUUUCGCAUGUAUCCUAUUAAACCUAGACCUAUUUUGCAAAGGAGGAAUACAAUUACAGGAACGACACCUACCAACAAGAGACCAAACACAUCAAUUGAACAGUACUGGGAUUUUUUGCAAUCGUGCGCAACCAGCAAGCAAUCGUCUAGUUUCUACGACAUAGACAAAGCCAGGUUUGAAGAGGAAUCACGUAUUUUGAGAGAUAAAAGUGCAUCUUGUAAUGUAGGCUUAGAUGUCAGUCCAAGGCCAACAACAGUGAUAGGUUUAUCGCGUAAUCGUAGAAAAAAGAGUCUCAAAGAAAGCUUCAAGGGAAAAGAUAGAAGUGAAAGAAGUAGUACCAAGAAAAGGGUUAACUUCGAUGAUGCCAGUGAAGAAAUGAAAAACAGGAAUGGAUCUUUGGCUAAGAUCGAUAAUAAACUGGAUUUACUGGAUAUCAAAAUUCACGAUACUAAUUUAAAUGAGGAAAAAAGCGUUAGCGUCAAUAGUUUGUCCAGUGUUCAUAACGAAACUAUUAGUUUUAUUGAUGAGGGGCGUGAUUUAACUGACCGAUCUAGUAUGGUUUCGACUUUAGAUAAAGAAACGUCUUUAACAGACAGCUUUUUAAAAAAUAACAUCGAAAACAACAAAGACAAUGGCAAAUUACAAAAUAUUGUCGUUAGAGAUCCAAGUUUAGCUGAAAUUAACGUUCACAAUAUGAUUAAAAAGUUCGACGAUCAGAAGAAGAUAUCUCCACCUAAACCUAGAGUAAUGCCUCGAAUUCAAGUUAGGAAACCUCCCGAGAUACCUACGAAACCUGAAAGUAAGAAACCGUUGGUUCCCCCGAGGAGUUCUACAACUAAAUUAAGAGGGAGAUUGGACAAGAGCCAUAGUACACCUGCCUACGAUUUGACAGACGAAGAACCACCACAGCAGGUAGAAAAUCCUCACAUUAAAAUUGAAAAGCUUCCUGACGUUAUUCCAAAAAUUUCCGAGACAAUUCCUGAAAGUUCGCCUUUAGAGAAUUCUGAUGGGUUCUUUCCUGCCGAAGAAAAAUCCAGUUCUGCAAAUGAAACUCCUAAAAUUGUUAUAGAUGACGUAACAUAUACGGAACUUCAAGAAACAUCAGUUAUCGUGGUUUCUCAGGGAUCUUUAGAGAGUAUAACAGAUUCGAAUAUAGGAAGAGGCAAUAUUCUUUCGGAUGUAGAUUUACCACCAAAACCUCCUCCGCGAAAAUCUAUAGAUAGUAUAAAGUCUGUUCAUUUACCGGAAAGUCCUAAACCAGCACCACCAAUACCCCGAACACCCAAAGGUGUCCAGUCGACACCAAAGAAGACUUUUGAUUUUCCUGAAACCAACGUCGAUAUUAAGAAAAUGGGCAGCAUGCAAUCUAUUCACUCUACAGAUUCGAACGAUUACCUGGUUCCGAUUCAGGUUAAGCAAUCGUUUGAUUUGCAGAGAAGUUUUGGCAAGACUUCCUCUACUCCUAAAGGAAGAGGGGAAUAUGAAGGGGACGCGGGAAGUCCAUUAAAGAGUACUCCUUACGAUGUAUAUAGACAUGCCGAGAGUAAAGUUUCUCCCACCAAUAGUAUUGUUAAAGCCAUGAUAUCAAACAAACCAAGGUCAGCGAAGAAAAAGAAUAAUUUAAUUGCAAAGCGGAGGAGAGUGACAGUAAAUGAUCUGUCUCCUCCCGACAACCAGGGAUACCUAUACCAGAGGCUUCGUGGCAAGCACAACCAGAACGUGCAUUGGGAGAAAAGGUGGUUUGUGUUAUUAGGAAGUUGCUUGUAUGGUUACAAAAAUAAAGAUGAUCCCAGGGCGGCUUGUCUUAUUUUUCUGACUGAUUUUACGGUUUCAUUGGCUAAUGAAGUAAAAUCCAGAUCAAACGCGUUCCGAGUAUACCACACCGGUACUGUAUUCUAUUUUUCUGCUGAUGAUCCUGACACUCUACAGGUUUGGAUUGAUAUGAUUCAUACCGCCUGCCUUCAUCAUGACGCUCACUCUAAAAACCACGACGACAAGUUGUACUCGGAAACUGACGAUUCUGAUACAGAGAAACCUAAAACAGUCACUCCAGAGAAAUCCGAUUCGUUAAAAAAAUUCGGAUCUUUAAAAAAGUUUAGUUUGAAAAAGGCCUCGACCGAUACGCCGCACACUGGUAGCACCAGCCUGGAUCGGAAAUGGUUCUUUAAUAAAUCCAGUAGUAAUACAAAGAACAGUGUUCCAGUUCCAACAUCACAGUUUAGGUCGUACCGGAAAGUAAGAAACGAACCGACGCAUGCCAGUGUUCGAACAGGGAAUUUUACCUCUCACGUGCCUAUUUUUGGUCCUUCAAACUUACACCAAGCGCAGAACAUCAGCGUUCCAAAUCUAACUGUGGAACACAUUAUCAGAACGCCACCUUUAGCAGAUACCAGCAAAACAAAGCAAAAAGGGUCAAACUACGUUCAUGCCAGUAAUCCCAGCAUAUGCAACGUAAACGAAUUUGGCUCCUCCUCGUCGUCGGCUAGUAAACAGAGUGCGAAAGAUCGGCCAGAUAAUCUUGCUGGAUUUGUCACAUUAGAGGAGUUGAUGAAUCGGCAGUCGGAAGAGAGCAGAACCAAUCCCCAUCGUGAGUUUGAAGAAACUAAAAUUGAUUUGAGCAUGAUUAAAGCAGAUGUCGUCUAUGGGGAAGUACCAAUCAGAGCUCAACCAAGACCUUCUAUCGAUGAACACGAGGAUGUUUUUGGAACUCCCCCGCUUUCUCGUUCUGCAUCUCAAUCAGAAAAACACGAAUCUAGUAGCUCUUGUUUUGGCAAAAGGUUAGGUUCUCUGAAGCGGAGCCAGCAUAAAGAUGAACAUUCCGAGGGCAAACUUUUAAAUUACCCUAGAGCCAUAAAAGGAUUAGAAAGCAAAUCUAACCGAAGUUUACCUCGGGCCUUGAAAAUCCAGGAAGGGCCAAGGGACUGUGAUGAAUACACCAUUUCGCAUUUACAUUAUUCUUCAGAUAAAAAUUUGUCUAGAAAAAAAUCAUACGAGAUGAUUUAUUGUCCUGAAACGGUAAACGAAAGCCAGUUUGCUCAAAAUCGGAUUUUGGAUGAUACCAAAGUCCAAGAAACGCCGAAAAAGAGUGGGAAAUUAAAGAGACAAACUAGUUUUGGUUCCGCAGAAAAGAAGUCAUCUAGGUCACUUCCAGGGUUUACUAACAGAGUUGGAGACUCUUCGCGAGCAAAGCUGAAAUCUAGCAAGCAGUAUAUCCCAAUAUCCUUGCCUUUAGGUCCAGAGAGCAAAUCCACUCCCAGGCUGGCCUUUGAAUUAAAUAUUGAUGACAAACAAAGCAAGAGCACUGGUAAACUUUCAAAAAUCUUCAGUGGCAAGGCGGAAAAGAAAGAAAAAACUUUCUUGGGCUCACCUAAACUACAUCGAGCCAUUUUUGGCAGGUCCAAUGGUUCUAAAGAGGGGGCUUGGACUCCAUCUAGCUCACAGCAAUCAAUUUCAAUGUCGCAAAGUUCAACGUCACUGGAUAAAUCCCCACCCAUGUUGCCACAACAGCACUCUACAUCAAUUAGGCCUCACGCCGAUUACCCAGGUCUAGAAUACCCGCCGGUAUUCCAACCCGAGACGUAUUCCUUGGCCGAUCCGCAAACCAGUUUAAAUAUUUUAAGGAACAAACAAAAAAGCGACGAUACAGACGACAGCACGUCGAAAGCUUGAUUAGCUUUUGUUAGAUAUUGCCAAUAUGUAACAGCUAA